ACUCCCGCCGGCGGCUGGGUUCUCCCGGAGGCGCGCCCGAUCGCGGCGGCCGCCAACAUGGCCGAGACGAACGAGGAGGUGGCAGUGCUGGUGCAGAGGGUGGUGAAGGACAUCACCAACGCCUUCCGAAGGAACCCGCACAUAGAUGAAAUUGGCCUGAUCCCAUGCCCCGAAGCAAGAUAUAACCGGAGUCCCAUUGUCCUGGUUGAGAACAAACUUGGUGUGGAGAGCUGGUGUGUCAAGUUCUUAUUACCAUAUGUCCACAACAAGCUCCUUUUGUACAGGACGAGAAAACAAUGGCUAAACAAAGAUGAACUAAUAGAUGUCACCUGCACCCUGCUGCUUCUCAACCCAGACUUCACCACUGCGUGGAAUGUGAGGAAAGAGCUCAUCCUCUCUGGCACUUUAAGUCCAAUUAAGGAUCUACAUCUGGGGAAAUUGGCCUUAACUAAGUUUCCCAAGAGUCCAGAGACAUGGAUUCACAGACGCUGGGUGCUGCAGCAGCUAAGUCAGGAAACGUCCCUGCCUUCCUCUGUGGCCAAAGGAAGCUUAAGUGCAGUUCCUGCAGAGAGGACGCAGCGGAUAAUACAGGAAGAGAUGGAAGUCUGCAGUGAAGCAGCAGGGAGAUAUCCCAGCAACUAUAAUGCCUGGUCUCAUCGCAUCUGGGUUUUACAGAAUGUGGCCAAGCUGGAUCUGAAGGAUCUCCCACUGGACCAGAAACUCACCCUCCUGGCUAACUGGCCAGCCAGUAAGUUCUUGGCAUCUACCUAUUACAGGCAUAUGUAGCCAUGCCUGGCUUUCUCCACAGACACUGGGAGUUUGAAUUCAGGUCAUCAUGCUCAUGGAACAAAUGCUUUUCCAUUGAGACAUCUACCCAGCCCCUACUUUUUUGAGAUAAGGCUCACACUGGACCUCAAGUGUCUAGUCUUAACUGGCCAGCAAACCUCUGUGAUCCCCUGCCUUUACCUCCCUGUCUGGGGUCUGUGCUUAGGUCUUCAUGCUUGUGUGGCAAGUACUUCACCAACCGAGCCAUCUCCAGCCCAGUUAAGAAUGGUUUUAAAAUAACUAAAUUGGUCUUACUGAAAAACUUUCAUCUAUGUGUUGUAUUUGCCUCAAAUUAAGCAAUAAAUUAAAUCUUUUUUAAUAUAGAAAAAUAUGUAGUCAGAAAUAAUCUAAAAGUUUUCCACAUUAUAUACAUUCAGUUUAGAUAGCUGUGGUAUUAGCAGUCUAUAUUGAGAAGCCACACUAAAAGAAAAAAGCCUCUAAAGACAAAUAACUGUCCUAUAGACAGUGGGCUGAUUCCUAAAAAUAAUAAUAAUCUUAAUGAUAUUUUUAAGAUAGAGGUUCAAGUAGAAAUGGCUGUAGGUUUACCCAAUGUUUUUCUUGGAGACUUAUCAGCUAUAGCUUUGUAAAUGAAUAUAGUGGCGAUGAUUGAACCCCUCAGAACUUAAAGAUCCAGCCCCCGAAGGCUAAGGCAGAAAGAUCUGUGUUCCAGACCAGGCUGGACUAUGGCACCAGACUGGUCCUGUCUCAACAAAAGUAAAAUUUAAAAGAGUAAAUAAAACCUUAAAGAAGAUACAAAAAACAUUUAAAUGUAUACUUUUCCCAUAUAGGCCAGUAAUCUUCGUCUUUUAUACUUGCCCCCAGCUUCAUUAAAUUUCUAAUUCAUACACCAAAUAUUUGUAAUCUACUCUGAUGUUAAUGGACAGAAGAGAAUGGAAGCAUCAGUUGGGCUGGAUAAGUAUCCUGUACCAAUUUGUUGUUAUAUUAAAAACUGAAACAUUCUUAAAAUUCUGUGAUAAUGAAGACAGCUGCAACUGUUGUUUAUGUGAUAUGUACAAGUACUAUGAGGUUCCGAGGGAAAGAUUACGUAUGCAACGGAAAAGAUAAGUGAGGUGUGGGAAUCAGUCAGUGCUGGAAAACCGGUGCCUGGAAUCCUGAAGCGGGUCAAGUCAUUUGGGAUGGCGUGGUCUAUAGUGGUCUCUGCUCACGGGUGUGUGGUCCUCUCCUUAGCUCAGCUGAGUACCUUGUUCUAGAAGCCAGGCGUGAUGGCUCUCAACUGACUCACCUGUCACCACUUAUGAAGCCGAGGAGGGAGGACCCUGCAGGUUGGGGCCACUCUGGGCUACAUAGAGAGUUCCAGAAGUCUAAACUACAGAGUGAGACCCUGUCUCAACAUAUUCAUUAAUGCAUUAUUCAUUUAAUGCAUUGCUUUGUAAUAUAAUGUUUUAAAUACUUUAGAACUGAAGUGGAUCUUACAGGAUCAUUAUCAUCACCAUUGAGAGGAGUUUGAAGCAAACAAUGACAGUUGUGAGCUCUGGGCAGUUCUUUUGUUUGUGCAUCAGUUUGUGCGUACCUUUAGAUUUAUCAGGUGGGACCAAACAGUCUCUGCCUUUAUGGCAUUUAUUGUGAAAAGUAGUUACUUUGAGUCUCUUACUGAAAGUAUAGUGCAUAUUUGUACAAGUUGAAUAUAAGAAGUAUUAAAUGUAAUAAGAAUUA